AUGUUUCCAAAGUUGGGUCAAGGUUUUGUUGUUGUUGUUUCAUGUGCCUGGAACUUUCCGUAUAGAAGAGAAUUGUAUGAUUGGGAAUUGAUUGAAGAAGCUAAUUUGAUUGCAGCUUUAUCCUAUGCUCCUCCUUUAUGUAAUGAAAAUGCAGAUUACCUUAUAUGGUCUAAUGAUGUUGCAGCCCAUACUCAGUUCUCUGUAGUUGACCUAUAUGCUCACAGCUCUUCCCUCCUUGGUCCUAAUCUAAGAAUUUGCAAACAGGUUUGGAACUCUUUGUUGCCCCCAAAAGUCUCCUUCUUUUGCUGGCUGGCCUGGAAAAAUAAAGUGAAAUCUUCAGAGUUCUUGCACAAGAUUGGCUUACUUGAUAGCAGCACUUCAACUCUCUGUCCAUUUUGUAAUUAUGAACCUGAAACUAAUAUCCAUGUCUUGCUUCAUUGUCCCUUCUCUUGGCUGAUUUGGUCCUCAGUGAUUAAGGAAUGGGGGCUUCAAUGGUGCAUUUCAAGUUCAGUAGCUGGUUUAUUUCAUUGGUGGAUGAGUGAGAAAUUUCAGAAGUAUGUUAGAAUAAUUUGGAGAGCCCUCCCCUUAGUCAUAUUGUGGUCUCUUUGGAAGCAUAAGAAUGAUUGUGUCUUUUCUAAGGCUCAGCCCAAUUUUCCUGGUCUGCUGGAUCUCAUCAAAUUUAGAUCUGCCCUCUGGCUCAAAGCAUCAGUCAAGGAUUUCCCCUUCUCAGUGGAUGAUAUAGUCUUCAAGUGGAAGCAGAUCAGGGGCUCAGAUUGA